UUUUCCCCUCCCCUCCCAUGUGUUUGUGUUUAUGUUAUGUUUUGAUCAAGAAUUAAUACUUUUAUGUAGUUUUGAUUUUUCAAAACACAGGAGGAUGAGCAGAAGCAGUCUAAUUUUUUUUUAAUUCGUACAAGAUACAUUAAAUUGUAUGAAAAGCUUAUCAAGUUCUCAAUUUUUGAUUAUCUGUUCUUAUAAGAUGUCGAUGAAUCGUUUUAUGCACCCUAGAAAUAUUUACAAAAACAAACCUGAUUUUUUAAAACUCGCGGAAGGUGACGCUAAUUUUAAAAAAUUUCUGAAACCAGGUUUGUCGGGUAAAUCAACCAUAGAUUUCAAGGACAAAGAUGCAGUCAGAGCUUUGUCAAAAGCCCUUCUUUCUAGGGACUUUGACCUUCAGGUUGAAAUACCACCAGACACUUUGAUUCCUGCUCUACCUUUGCGACUGAACUAUUUGCUCUGGAUAGAGGACCUAUUGCAUUGGACAGCAGAUAAAGAGGAAGUUAUCCAUGGAAUUGAUAUUGGCACUGGAGCUUCUUGCAUAUACUCAUUACUGGCCGCCAAGAAAAACAAGUGGAAAAUGACGGCUACAGAAAUCCGAAAGGAAAGUGUGGAGGUGGCUGUUAAAAACAUAAAGGCGAACAAGCUAGAGGAUUGUAUAUCUGUUGUCAAGGUUGACGAAGAGCAGUUUCUUGUUGGAGUCUUGGAAGUUGAAAAAACCUAUGAUUUCUGCAUGUGCAAUCCUCCAUUCUUUGCAUGCGAGUCUGAGACUGACUCGAUGUCAAAGUCCAGAUCGCCUCAUCGGGAGCCACCAAAGAAUGCAUUUAGUGGGUCACCAUCAGAGCUUGUGGCAGUCGGGGGCGAAUUGAAAUUUAUAAGGGAAAUUAUUAAUGACAGCAAAUAUUUGGCAACGCGUGUCAAAGUUUACACAAGCAUGGUCGGCCACAAAAAUAAUGCAGACAUCCUCGUGAAAGAACUUCGACUAGCAAAUGCGAAGAGUGUGUCGAGAACAGAGUUUUGCCAAGGAAACACAACUAGAUGGGGCAUCGCGUGGACUUUUUGUGAAAAAAUAAAGUUGCCCGAACCAGUAAAUCAGGUGGUUCACAACAAAAAGCUUCAGCAGCCGAUGGAACUGUUCAUUCCUGAAGACAUUGAAACCAUGGAAUACACUGUUUUUAAUGUGACAAAUACAAUCCUAGAAAUAUUUCAAUGCUUGCAGUUCACUGUGAAAGAAAAUGGGAAACCACUAUAUGAAAACAGCAAAAAAGCAAGCUACGACGUCAGUGCUCGUCAAAACACAUGGUCGAAUCAAAGAAGGAAGCGAAGGGAGCAGAAGUUUUCUGAUAAUGCAAAUGCAGAACCGGCAUGCAAGAAGCUGAAACUCGAAAUUGUAGAGCCUGAGCCAUCAACUUCCUCACUGGAGAUGCUGCAGUUCAAAUUUCUUGUUGGAAUAGCCGACAAGAAAAUUUUCAUUAAACUGACUUGGUGCGAUGGCUGCUUAGGAAGAGAUUCUCUUCAUCAAAUUUUGCAAUACAUCAAGAAUGCAUUGCACAUCAAAUAAUUUAUACUUUUCAUUGUUUAAUGCAAACAAAACAAAAAUAAAUUUGCAAGUUUAUAUUACAAUAAAAAUUUGAUAAGUUUAGUGGUAAAUUUUCACAUUAAAACAAGAAUGUAUCUAAAUUUUUUUAUUGA